AUGGCGCUGACUACUCCUAACCCAAUGGGACCAUGGAAGAUCACAGUCUACGACCAGGAGAACUUCCAGGGAAAGCGUAUGGAGUUCACUGCUUCCUGCCAGAACAUCAUGGAGUGUGGCGCGGACAACAUUCGCUCACUGAAGGUCGAGUGUGGAGCUUGGGUUGGGUACGAGCACUCCAGCUUCUCUGGGCAGCAGUUUGUGUUGGAGCGUGGAGAGUACCCUCGCUGGGAGUCCUGGAGCGGCAGCAACGCCUACCACAUUGAGAGGUUGAUGUCCUUCCGCCCAGUCUGCUCUGCCAACCAUAAGGAGUCCAAGAUUGUGGUGUUUGAAAGGGAGAACUUCAUUGGCAAGCAGUGGGAGAUGAACGAUGACUACCCCUCCCUGCAGGCCAUGGGGUGGGGCAACAACGAGAUCGGAUCCAUGCAGGUCCAGAGUGGAGCCUGGGUAUGCUACCAGUUCCCCGGUUACCGUGGCUACCAGUACAUCAUGGAGUGCGACCGUCAUGGCGGAGAGUACAAACACUACAGGGAGUGGGGCUCCCACGCUCAGACCUUCCAGGUCCAGUCUCUGCGUCGCAUCCAGCAGUGA